AUGCGUGGUUUGUCCUUCGACGGCCGCUGCAAGACCUUUGAUGCCCGGGCAGACGGCUUCGCGCGGGGUGAAGGUCUCAGCUCUGUCUUCAUCCGAGCCUCCGAGAGUGAAAAGGAGGUGUGCAACUUGGUUGGCCUCGGCGGAGUCGCCAUCAACCACGAUGGGCGCGCGGCGACCAUCACGGCGCCCAACGGAACUGCCCAGCAGCGUGUGCUGCGGGCGGCGUUGGCAGAUCGCGGCACCCAGGGCGAGGAUGUAACAUGCCUCGAAUGCCAUGGCACCGGAACAGCACUAGGCGAUCCCAUUGAGGUGGGAGCUCAGAGGGCUGUGUAUGGAAAGGGCCGUACCGACUCCCAGCCGCUCAUUCUCGCAGCUACGAAGUCCAACAUCGGUCACACGGAAGGCUCGGCAGGUGUGGCCGGCAUCUCCAAGAUGAUCCUGGCCAUCACCAAGGCGCAGAUCACACCGAACCUGCAUUUGGAAACCCUUAAUCCAAAUAUCGACCUGGGUGGCUUCAAUACCUUGAUGCCCGACAAGCUCGUGGAGUGGAAGAGCGGCAGCAUUCGAUCCGGCGUGUCUUCGUUUGGCUCCUUGGAAAGUCUAUCCCUGGAGGGAGUGGAUGCAGAAGGUUGUGUAUUUCCAAGAAUGGGUGAAGGCCGACUGCAGCAUUACGAGGCGGUCGCCUUGACGGAGAUGGACACAGCAGCUGCUAUCGGCGAGAAGAUGAAGAGUGCCGGGGCAGCCACAGCUGUGUUUGCUCGCUUGGAAUCCAGAGCCGAGCCCGCCGAGCCCCUGCCUGGCUCACCUCGAGGGGCUGGUAGCCUUUUUGCAGGGCGCCCUGAUCUGGGGUUUGAUCCGCACGGCGAGAAUGGAGAUGCCUCGCGUUACGAUCAAAAACAGUUGACGUGGCAGUCGAUGCUGGUGCGUGCCCCGCUUGAUGGAAGCUCCCAGAACGGGGCUUUGGCCAUGCAACGGCAAGACACCAUGAGAGAUUCGGGCUCGGCCACGGACGUGAAGACUGGCCUUCAGAUCGUGACUGGUGGUUUGGGAGGACUCGGCUUGGUGGCAGCGGAGGAGCUGGCAGCCCUUGGAGCACCAGGCCAGGGCCAGAUCAAGCUGCGAUCUGCCUUCUGCUCGCGUCUCGCAACGGUCAGAAGUGACUGGAACAGCAGCUUCGAAGGCUGCAGGCGUUGCCGGGCCUGCGGCUUGACUGAAGAGUUGAAAGGCACAAACGGAGAUGUCGCCAAGGUUGUCAAGCAGGCUAAAGAUGCAGGCGAGCCUGUGCAAGGUGUGGUGCAUGCUGCGGGCAUCAUGGAGCGUUGCCCACUGUCGGACUUGGACACUGCGCAUCUCAACAAGGCAAAGCCGUGCUGGCUCCAGGCCUACGGCGCAUGGUACUUGCAUAGCGAGUGCCCGGACAGCAAUAACCAAAUCUUCGGCAGGCCUUGCUGGUUCCGCCUCGCCUCCUACUCUUCUGCCAAUGCGUAUUUGGAUGCCUUGGCCGCCUGGCGCCGUGGCGCUGGCCGCUCUGGCGUUAGCCUUCAGUGGGGCCCCGUGUCUGAGGAGGUGGGCAUCACUGAGGAUUCCAAAGGAGCCGGGAAGGCGAUUCAAGGCCAGGAGCCCAAACUCCAGCAAGGUGCCGGAAGUGCUCUGGCACAGCUGCCACUGGAGGAACGUCGCGUAGAGGUGUUGAAGUCCAUUGGGGCAGCAGCUUCGGGCAUGGGCUUGGAGACCUGGCAGCACUUUGGACGCUAUUCCUCGGCCGGGAUGGAUUCCUUGUCUGCCGUGGAGUUUCGGAACAAGGUCUCGAAAGACUUCCGCUCGGCCACUUUGCCAAGCACCCUGAUGUUCGACUACCCCACCCUCACUGCGCUUGCAGAUUUCGUGGCCGAGCAGCUUGUGUCCACAAAGAUUGAAUGUUUGCCAGCGGCGUCCCAACUUGGAGCUCCUGCUUCCAACGAGGCGAUUGCAAUUCUGGGGGGCGCAUGCCAUCUCCCGGGUGACAGCUGGUCCUUGGAGAAGUUCGAUUUCAUGCUCUCCCAGGGUGUGGACUGCAGUGUGGAAAUGCCGCAGAGCAGAUGGGAUGUGGACGAGUACUACGACCCCGAUGCAACCACUGGCUUGAAGAUGUAUGUGAAACAUGCGGGCUUCGUGGAAGGUGUUGAGCUCUUUGCAGCUGCUGUCGGGCGCUCAGAGAGGGCAGGUUUGACUCUGGGUAGCUGUUCUGGUUUGCGAUGUUGUCCUGUUUCAUGCAGCUGUCGUGAGAGCAGGGUUAUUCCCAUCGCUGACAGCUGUUAUGAGGCUUUCAACAUCAACAAGGCCGAAGCAGAGACCAUGGACCCCCAGCAACGGCACCUGCUGGAGGCAGCCUUCGAAGCCUUCACGUCGGCCGGCCUCGGCAAGAGUACCCUCAUGGGCAGCUACGGAGGUGUUUUUGUGGGUCAGGACAAGUGCGACUGGAAUCGCAUGAUCACUGGCGACCAAAGCGGUCCCUAUGCAGCCACGGGUGGCUCCUCGUCCAUCAGCGCGAAUCGGAUUAGCUAUGUCCUGGGAUUGAAAGGCCCGAGUGCAACCAUGGACACGGCGUGCUCAUCAUCUUUGGUUGCAGCGGACACUGCAACAGUCACUCUUCGACGCAGGAGAUGUGAGUUGGCGGUGGUGUGCGGUGUGAACAUGAUGUUGCUUCCGCAGACUUUCGUUGCUUGCUGUCAAGCACAAAUGCUCUCAAAGGGUGGACGGUGCCGCACCUUUGAUGACACUGCCAGCGGCUAUGCUCGUGGUGAAGGUGUCGGUGCACAGGCACUGGAGCGUUUGGGAAGUCGGUACGGUUCAGGGCUGUUGGCGGAACUGCAUGGUUCAGCUCUGAACCAAGAUGGACGCAGCUCCAACCUCACCUCGCCCAAUGGUCCAUCACAGCAGGCAGUGGUGUUGGCUGCACUUGGAGAGGCACAACUUCAACCGGCUGACCAUGUGUGUGUAGAGACCCAUGGCACAGGCACAGCCCUUGGAGACCCCAUCGAAGUCGGAGCGUUGCAGGUGGUUCUGGGAGGCUCACGGAUUCAGACCGUGCAACUCGGCGCGGUGAAGACCAACGUUGGCCACUUGGAAGGUGGUGCAGGAAUGGUCGGACUUACCAAGCUGGCAUCGCUCCUUUUGCGCAACUGCUUGUCGGCCAACCUACACCUCAGAGACAUGAACUCCCACAUCUUCCAUGACAUGCAGGAAUUUCCUGUGAACUUUGUUUCGGAAGCAUGUCCCCUGGCUCGAUAUCGGCCCGAGUCAAGCGAUGUCAGCGGCAUCCGUGUCCUCCUUCGGAUUCGGCGGCACCAAUGGCCACGUGCUGCUUGCUCGGCCGAUGAAAACAGGCCCGCCCGUCUGCACUUGCACGUGUUCUUCACAUCCACUGCCCAGACCUCACGGCAGGAUUUCUGA